AGGGCAGCUACGGGGCAGCUAUGGGGCGGCUAUGGGGCGGCUGUGGGGCAGCUGUGGGGCAGCUGUUGUCUCCCAGGUGUGGAUGUAUUCGCGGCUGUACAGAACCGUUCCUCGAUUCCGUUGCCCAGAGCUGCUGGAAGCCGCCAUCAAAGGCGGGGAUUUCCUGCUCCGUUUCGCCCCGUUGGAUCCCGGUUCUCCCCGCGUCGCGUUCGCCCUGAGCCGGAGCGGCCGCCCCGAACGCCUGCAGCGCAACACCCACAGCGAGGCGUUCUGCGCCAUGGGGCUGGAUGAGCUGGGGAAGGCCACGGGGGAAUCGCGAUAUAGGGAGGCGGCCCAGCGCUGGGCUUCGGCCGUGUGGAAUUGGGCUCGAGACCCCCCCCCAAAUUUGGGACGCCCCCAAUUAGCGGGGAUUUGGGACGAAAUUGGGGCCAUUUGGGGAUUUGGGGCCAAAUUUUUGCUAUUUUGGGUCAAAUUUGUGCCAUUUUGUGUCAAAUUUUUGACAUUUUGGGUCAACUUUCGUCUAUUUUGGGGUCAAAUAUUGGGGAUUUGGGACGAAAUUGGGGCCAUUUGGGGUCAAAUUUCCUCUAUUUUGGGGCCAAACCUGGGGAAAAUUGGGGCCAUUUUGGGUCAAAUUUGGGCCUUUUUGGGUCAAAUUUCCUCUAUUUUGGGGACAAAUCUGGGUGAUUUCGGGCCGAAUUUUUGCUAUUUUGGGUCAAAUUUUUGCCAUUUUGGGUCGAAUUUCCUCUAUUUUGGGUUCAAAUCUGGGGGAUUUGGGACCAAACUGGGGCCAUUUUGGGUCAAAUUUUUGCCAUUUCGGGUCAGAUUUCCUCUAUUUUUGGGCCAAACCUGGGGAAAUUUGGGGCCAUUUUGGGCCAAAUUUGGGCCAUUUUGGGUCAUUUUUUUUUCUUUUUUUUGGGGGGGGUCCCACAGGAGGCGGCCCAGCGCUGGGCUUCGGCCGUGUGGAAUUGGGCUCGAGACCCCCCCCCAAAUUUGGGACGCCCCCAAUUAGCGGGGACCCCCCCCAGAGAGGAGCUGGCCGUUCCCAUGAUGGCGCUGCUGGUGGCUCAGCAGAUGAACGAAACCGGGGGGGGGGACCCCAAAA